AUGUUGACUAAAGAACAAAGAAAUUCUAGAAAUACUCGAUUAAAACAAAAACAGCGAAAAACAGAAUAUAAACGUAGAUACCCUCCAUUAAAUUUUAUAUGGGAUCGUAUAUGUCCUCAUUGUUCGGUAGUGCUUCUUACUAGAGAAUCAUCAAAAUUUUGUUGUAACGAUGAAAAACGAAUCAUUCCAUUAUUACCACCUUAUUCUACAGAAAUUAAUAAAAUUUUAAAUAAUACAAAUAUUAACGUUCUUUCACGAAAGCUCAACACACUUUUUUCAUUUACUGUGAUCGGUGUACAAGCACAUGGUUAUAAAGUCCCCGAUGAAUGGAUAACAACUAUACAAAAUAUGCUAAUACAAAUUAACCCUUAUGUACAUUUACUACAAAUAUUUAAAGAUAAUCCUUCGGAUACUGCAUUUUUAGAACUCCAAGAAAAUACCUUAACUGGAGAAAUAGCUGCUAUUAUGCAUGCUAAUAAUAUUAUAAAUAUACAACCACGAAGCAUCAUUAUCUGA